ACACACUGACCAUGGCAUCUGAAAAGCCGAUACUUUAUGGCUAUUUCCGAAGUUCCUGCUCUUGGAGAGUAAGAAUUGCGCUGGCUCUGAAAGGGAUUUCCUAUGACCUGGUGCCAGUGAACCUCCUGAAGGAUGGGGGGCAGCAGUUUUCUGCUGAAUUCAAGGCAGUGAAUCCCAUGCAGCAAGUCCCAGCCUUGAAAAUUGAUGGCAUCACUCUUUCUCAAUCGCUAGCUAUAAUUCAUUACCUAGAAGACACCCAUCCUACCCCCAGGCUCCUGCCCCAAGAUCCGAAGAAGAGAGCCCAAGUCAGAAUGAUCGCCGAUCACAUUGUGUCCGGCAUUCAGCCACUCCAGAACCUGAAUGUCCUGAAACAAAUAGGGGAGAAAAAAACAGAAUGGGCUCAGAACUGCAUCGCAUCUGGCUUUCAAGCGCUGGAGCAGAUUCUGCAGCACACUGCCGGGCGCUACUGUGUGGGAGAUGAAGUUUCCAUGGCUGAUCUGUGCUUGGUGCCUCAAGUCUUCAAUGCUGAAAGAUUCAAAGUGGACAUGGGUCCAUAUCCCACAAUAACCAGAAUAAACAAAGCUCUCCUGGAGUUAGAGGCGUUCAAAGUAAGCCACCCAUCCCGGCAGCCAGAUACUCCUGCAGAGCUGCGAGCUUGAAGCUCUACUCAUUAAAUCAAGUAAGCUGGAAUGUCAAAGAAGACAACAGCUACAGCUGGCUUAGAACAUUAGUGCCAGCAAGAAGCCCUAGUACUACUGCCUCACUUUCA